CAGAGUUGCGCAGAAAAAUUAUCGACCAUAUAUCGAGUAUAAAUUUCCCACAAACGAUUAGUUUCGAAGCAAAUACUGAUAUUCGAAAAAGCGCAUAUAACUGUGAUAUCCCAAAAAAACAAAUAUAUUUUAAGAAGUAUUUUCAUAAAAAAUCGGUUAGAUAUGGCAUUUACUCGAACCAAGCAUGCAACUAGAGAUCAUUUGCCACAUUUAUUAAUUAAUGUACCAGAGGAGCACCAAGAACCAAUAAAACAAAUGUGUUUGAAAAUGAUGUCUCAUGAUGCCUAUGGCAAGCCUUAUCAAUGGACCUCACGAGAUUUUGAUAUGGGCGCACCCCUAGGACGCGGCAAAUUCGGACGAGUCUACUUAGCACGCGAGCGACACUCUCACUUUAUGGUGGCCAUGAAAGUGAUGUUCAAAGAGGAACUGCGCAAGGGCAACGUACAGCGCCAGGUAUUGCGCGAAAUUGAAAUACAAUCGCGUCUAAAACAUCCGAAUAUCCUCCGCUUGCUCACCUGGUUUCAUGAUGAGUCUCGCAUUUAUUUAGCACUUGAAAUAGCCUCAGAAGGCGAGCUGUUCAAGCACUUGCGCAAUGCACCGAAUCAUCGCUUCGAUGAGCCCCGAUCAGCUAAAUACACCUAUCAGGUGGCCAAUGCACUCAACUAUUGUCAUCUCAACAAUGUCAUACAUCGUGAUCUGAAGCCGGAAAAUAUUCUUUUAACGAGCACCGAUGAUCUAAAGCUAGCAGAUUUUGGUUGGUCCGCACAUACACCGAACAACAAGCGAAAAACGAUGUGCGGCACAUUAGACUAUCUUCCACCGGAAAUGGUCAGUGGGCACUUCUAUGAUGACAGCGUCGAUCAAUGGUGUUUAGGAAUAUUGUGCUUUGAAUUCCUGGUGGGUAGUCCACCCUUUGAAUCCAGCACCUCUGAGAAUACUCAAGCCAAAAUCAAACGCCUUGAUAUGCAUUAUCCAUCGCAUCUUUCGCCGGGCGCAAAAGAACUUAUUUCAGGACUUUUACGUCGCGAAGGUCGCAUCAGCUUGGUGGACGUCAUGACAAAUUCUUGGGUGAAAGAGGGAAUGGCAAUCCGAGCUGCACAACUACAGCAGCAAAACAAAAAGGGCAAGGAAAAUCUAGCUAAUAAUUAGUCAAAUACGCUUAUA